CACGCCACUGUCUCUCUCUCUCUCUCACUCUCCCUCGUUCGCUCUCUCUCUCUACACAUAUCGAUCUUCAUUUGAUCUCGGCCGUUGAAUACUAGAUGAAGCAGAUGAUCAGACGGCUGUCGAGGGUGGGGGAUUCGUCGCAGUAUGAGGGAAAGGAUGGGCGGCGCCGUGGGGUGCCGGAGGGGCACGUGCCGGUGUACGUGGGAGAUGGGGAGGAGGAGGUGGAGAGAUUCGUGGUCCGGGCCGAGCUGUUGAGCCGGCCGGCCUUCGUCGAGCUCCUCCACCGCUCCGCCCAGGAGUACGGCUACGACCAGCGCGGCGUUCUCCGCAUCCCCUGCCCGGUGCCCGUCUUCCGCCGCGUCCUCCGCUCACUCCUCGCUGCCUCCGCCGCCGUAGCCGCCGAGGAGGCCCAGGUGGAUCUCCUCCGCUCCUUCGAUGAGGAGUUCCUCGCCCUUGCCGCUAGCUAGCACAAAAUCGAAACCCUAUGUUUGGAGCUUCUCGCUUUCUUGUGGAGUCUAGUUUUGCCCUUCUUGGUUCCCCUGUGCUUAAGUUUGUCUUCUUUUUUUUUUUCUUUUUUUUCCGUUUUUCUCCUUCGGUUUUGCUCUUCUUGGUUCCGCUGUGUUACUUUUUUUUUUUCCUUUUUUUUUUGUAAAGGCUUUUUGUUUGACAGAGAAAAGAGAUACUGGACGCUAUUAUCUUUUUUUUUUUGUAUGAAAUGACAAAAUUGCGCUUGAUCCCAUGCCCCGCGGAAGGAUGUGUAGGCCGUUGGAUUUGAUCUGGGCGGUUUGAUUUGCGCUCCUGCGGAAAGGUCGAAGCAUCCCGCGAAACGGGACAUUAUUGGUAUUGUCGGAAUAAGGUUUAUUUUGGUCAUUUGAUUAUCUGGGGAUCGUGAUCGGAUGACGAUGGGUCGGCAUUCUUUGUUUUUAUAUUCUCUAUCAAGGAGACUCCGCUAUUGCGCUUCACGCUUGCUUUUGUGCGGCUCUCUCCGUAUCCUGCGACCCCGUCUCUUUCUACCGUUAAAGGUUUACCCACCGCAUCCUAAGGUCGUAUUUGAAUCAAUUGGUUCGGGCAAAGGUGGUAUUGAGCCGUUACUAGUAUCAUUUUUUCCCCUUUUGGUCAGGUCUAGGUUUCCUAGCAUGGAGUCCAUCUUGAUAAAGCCCAGCUUGGGACAUCUAUUGGAUCCCCUGGGGUAUGUUGUAUCCCUGGAUAGUCAUCAUAUCAUUCAUCUUGAAACUAAAUAAUUGUCAUUCAUUU